GAGCUGGCCAGGGAGCAGAGGAGUCCCAACAUUAGUGAUGUUUUCACAGAAACCAAAUUCCGUGAAGUAGAAGGUGAAGCCCUGGAUGAUGAUCGUUAUCGUGAAGUUAUUAAAUUCAGAGAUGAACAGAUGCACACUGUAUCUGUUUAUAAUGAUACGGUUCGUUUUGACGCCAACAUUGGUACAAAUGGAACUGUGUUCACUCUACCUGCUGAUGGAGAAUACAAAGCUACCAUUGAAGAUCCCAUCAUGGCCUGUGGAACAGAAAAGACUAAAAACUUCACAACCUAUGAUGUUCAAGAGCCCCACGCAGAGUCAACUGAUGGUAAAAUGAUCGAUGUAAACGGAGAGCUCAUUGUUAACUCAUCUGCAAAAGGAUGCUUUGUAGCCAAUCAGUGCAAUUACACUACUCAAAUUACCUUUAUUGCAUUGAAGCGUAAUGGAACAAAUCAGAAUCUGUCUAUGGAAAUCUCAAUGCCUGCAUCAAAUUACACUGUUUAUGUACAUGAUCUGGAGAAGGAUGGACUUCCCAACAUACAUCCAGCUAACCUUGUCCCUUCCAGUGUUGAGAUUACGCAUGGUGAAGAAAAAUACAAAGCACCUAAUGGUGAGAACCUAAAUAAUGCCAGCAUCUCCCGGCAUGGCUCAAUUUUGAUAGUCACCUGUACUCCUGAUGAGCACAGUGCAUUGUGUGUUCUGGUCUUCAGAGCAUAUGGCAACUAUAUGUUGAACUGGAAAGAAACUUUUCCUGUUACUGUCGAUCUUGAUCCUGACAUGAACUACACGUUUGCACUGUUCAGAAGGCUGGACAAGGAUACUGAUGAAAGGCCAUUUGUAAGCAUGUUUAUACAGGGGACAGAAGAUCCUUUACAGCCACAGCCACCAUCUACUGGGACACCAGAGAGAGCUAAAACCACAUCAUCAGUUGUAGCUGUCACUGUUGGAGUGUUGGUGACUCUGACCAUCAUUCUUCUGGUGCCUGUGAGCAUUAUACGCUAUUGUGUUAAGAAAGAAGAAACAAGGAAAGGUAUGUCACUUUUUGUUUCUGUUGUCUCAAAAUGGCCCGUUCUCAAUAUGCUGACCUGGGACCUCUUCCUGCGGCAGACCCAAACCCUUGGAGAUGGACACAGGACACAGUGUCCUUAUGUCACAAUCCUACCUCAUGCCACUACUCCUGUCAAUGACAAUGACAACAGAGGACCCCCCACAGUGGCGUCAGUGAUGUCACUGUUGUGGGGUGUGGCUGGUCAUUGGAAGGAGAUUGCGAAAGGCCUUGGAUUUGACGAAGACUACAUUGAUGACGAGGUUGAUCCAAACAACGACAUGGACGAGGGCUGUCUGCAGGUGUGUGUGGAGAUCUGGGUUUUCAAACUACAGCCAUCCUGGGAGAAGCUGUCUCAUGUACUGAGAGAUCUGGGGGAAGUGGAACUGGCCCGUCAGGCCGGCAAUAAAGAGCCACAAGAACAGUGGCUGGUACCGAGUAGGGAGACCAGUGACUCAAGCUCAAGUGGAGUUGUUGCCGAUGCCUCAUCUCAGUCCACUGACUUCAGUAGUGAGGUGGUGCUUGGAGUGGAGAAGACAGUAGCUCUUGAUGAUGGCAACAAUGAAGAUGGAAGCAGGGGAGGGAAGAAAACGAUACCAAAUGAUCGUUCAAGCGGGGAGCGAGGUGCCAGAUCUGUCUUUUUGACUUACCCUGCUCUCCACGAGGAGGGUCCAACUGUCAGUGAGAGCAGUGAGGAGGAUGAGGAGACCAAGUGUGAUGUUGGGACUAUUGCCACUGUUGAAUCAGAGGAGAGGGAGAAAGAUGAUCGGGACUUUGCUCAAGAUCCAGUGAGUACCCAGGGAUCAGAUGAUGACUACCACUCUGAGUCCUUCAGUUCUGGGAGGCAGAUAUCAGCAGCCACCUCGGACACUGCCAAGGAGGUGUGUGUGGUGGUCCCUCAGCAGUCCACUGGUUUCAGUGGUUUUACUGGACCAGAGGAGACGGACACAGCCAGAGGUCCAUUCAGACCACCUGCUAAAGAAGUGGUCAAUGACAGCCUGUCCUUGUGUGUCAAUGAGAGUCAGCAGAGUGCAGGAAGGUUUGGGCUCAACAAGGCAGUCUACCCUUCUCUUGGUCUUCUGACUGGAGCUAGCCACUCCCACCAGACCCCCACUCCACCCCAGUCCCAGCAUCCAGAGGUCUCACCUCUUCAACUGCAGGGGAACUACACACCCACUCCUCCACCUCCCUCCUCCCCCACUCCUGUCCAGCGAGAUGAGGAGAAAGUGAGCACCCCUCUGAAGAAACGCCAAUAUCUCGAUCCCCCAGGGAACUACCAGGAGAAGAUUUUGAAGUGGCUGCACACUGGAGUGAGUCGUGGUUUCCAUCGGGCCGGAUUACUCAUUGAACUUGCUCUGGGGGCUUCCCUACAUCGGUUGAGCUCCCUUCUUCAGCAGUCGUUCAGACAUAUUAUAUAGACUGAGGCUGCUGAGAUUUUGCUGUUAUGAAGGACAAUGAUAUUCCUGAUGUCAGCUUUAAAAAAAAUACUGUUGUGUAUGCUUCUCUAACAAGUAGUCAUGUUCUCCCACACUUUUAUCAGUUUUUGUCUGUAUACCACCGGUUGAUUAUGUAUUCAUUAUUCAUGACCCGCGUGAUGCUGUGUGUGGGGUGGGGUCUCUCGAGCUGAAUAUACUUG